GAAUAUCCCCCACAACCUUGACGACAACUAUGAGACAUUUUGAAACUGCUGCCUGCUUGCUGUUAUUCGUAUUGCUAACCGGCUCCGUGGCUCUUUUCGGUGGAUGCAAGCGAGCCGAGUUGGAGGCAGCCCUCGAUACCCUGAAGCAUCACGUUAAUCACGGCAAGCUUCUCACUUACUGGCACACCAGCGCGCUCAUCGAGGAGAAGUGUCCCUACGGCACAUGCGCAUGCAACGUCGUCAUCGACUUCUCGUGCGGCGUCGGCGCGACGUUGCUUGGCAACGAAACGUCGGUGAGGUGCGCCUGUGACAACGGCAGCAGAUGGACCGACUUUCCGAAAUGCCGUGCCUGUCACAAGAUAAGGCAACAGAAUGUCGAGGAUACGCGCAUAUUCAUGUACCCGCGCUCUACCUGCGAUCAGGAUCACUGCGCAUGCGGCACGACGGUGCAUGUCGGCUGCGAUAGCAGUACGCAUGCGCUGACGGGAGGCGAGGCGAUGACGUGCGCAUGCCCGGAGCGCGGCAACGGCAGCUGGAGUUUCGCAGACGCCGAACCGAAGUGUGUUAGAAAAGACGAAGAUGUACAAAAUAGGAAAACUAUAAAGAAAGUUCACCCGCGGCUGAUCAUUGGACUGUCUCUGGGAGGCAUUGUGUUGCUGCUACUGCUGCUUCUGCUCAUCUUCUGCUACGUGUGCUGCUGGAUGCAGAUAAAUAAGAGAGAUCUCACGUCCCCGGUGGCAUGCGGCUUGCUGACGCAGGAACUGACGGCGCUACAGAUGAUUCCGCCACACGCAAACAUCGUACGCUUCCUCGGAUACUCGGACGAUCCGACGUACGGAAGGACGAUUGUCACCGAACUUCUACCGCACGACAAUCUCAAGCGAUUUUUAAAAGAGCAGCGCACACUGCCACCUGAUGUGCCGUACGCGAACCUUCAUCCCGAGAGCGUCACCUUGACGGGCAGACAGCUGGUUGGUUUUGCCCACCAGGUGGCGGGUGCGAUGCGACACAUCGUGCAUCACAAGGUGCGCGUGAGGGCUGUUUGA